AUGGACGUGGCGGAGGAAGAUGUCGCAGGCUGGGAUGAAGCCAUGUUUGUGCACAAGCCGGACAAUCUCCUUCGCUGUCCCAUCUGCUUGCUGGGCAUCCGUGAUGCCUCCAUGUGUCCAUCGCCUGUCUCCGUCGCUCCGUCUCCAUCCAACGCAGAUGCUGAAAUCAAACGGUGGUAA